UUCCGAUUAAGGUUUUUUUAGGGGUCAAGCAGUUGAAUCACCCAAAUAAUACUGCAAUUACCAAUCAACCGAAUAGUAAUUACGAGAAUUUCUAGAUCUAUUAUACUAAGAAGUAAAAUUUUGUCCACCACAAGUUGCAAAUUCUAGAAAGAAAAAAAAAAAAUUAAAGUGGGUGGCAUAUUAGGCAGCAUAUACGGCAUGUGAGUUUGAUUCUUUGGCGGAUUCCAACAAAAUAUCGUAAAGUAUAAUAACUACUUCUCUUACUCACCACACCAACGGAACUUUGAAAAACCAUGGCGUCUCCUGAGAAUUGCAUCGAAGAAAGCAAGAGUUCUCUCACCAGACUUGCUCCACUUGAAGCAGUGCUCUUUGAUAUAGAUGGAACUCUUUGUGAUUCUGAUCCACUCCAUUAUCUUGCUUUCCGUGAGUUGCUCCAACAGAUUGGUUUCAAUGGAGGUAACCCUAUAACAGAGGAAUUUUUUAUUGACACUGUUGCUGGCAAGCAUAAUAAUGACAUUGCCGUGGCUCUCUUUCCUGGUGAGCUGGAGAGAGGUUUAAAGUUUUUAGAUGAUAAGGAAGCCAUGUUUCGGAGAUUAGCAGCUGAGCAACUGAAGGCUUUAAAUGGCCUUGAUAAAGUGAGAAAAUGGAUUGAAGAUCGUGGGUUGAAGCGAGCUGCAGUUACCAAUGCUCCAAGACCAAAUGCAGAACUCGCCCUCUCAAAACUCGGUCUCUCAGAUUUCUUUCAAGCUGUUAUUAUUGGUGAUGAAUGUGAACAUGCCAAGCCUCAUCCAGAGCCCUACUUGAAAGGUCUUGAAGCUCUAAAAGCAUCUAAAGAUCACACAUUUGUAUUUGAGGAUUCUGUUUCAGGAAUCAAAGCUGGUGUGGCUGCUGGGAUGCCUGUUAUCGGUUUAUCUACCCGAAACCCAGAGCAUUUGCUGAUGGGAGCAAAACCCACAUUUCUGAUUAAAGAUUAUGAUGAUCCAAAAUUGUGGGCAGCUUUGGAAGAACUUGACAAGUCUGGUUCUCAUUAGAGUUUUGACUUACUACUAGUGCGAUUGAUAUAAUUUCUUGGUAAAAACAAGUAGCUAAAUUCAGCAGAUCACCUGUAUAAUUUAGUUACAGGGGUGCUAUUGUUAUUCUAGUCCAUAACCAGAGUUGCUUCGGAGUCGAGCAAACAGUAAUUUUUUAUUUGUAACUUGCAAUAAUGUGAUAGUUGGCUAUGAAACUUAAUGCCAAGGAAAUUGCAACACGUGAGAGAAAAAGAAAGCAAAGGAGGGAGUGCUUUGAACACUCUUACAUGAUUCAUUACUCUUUGUUGGUAUGUUAUUUGAUAAUCAGUGCUCAAUAUCAGCAUUUUGUACUGCUACUUUAAA